AUGUUUCGUCGUGGCUUGGUUCACCGGCGAUAUCCAUUUAACAAGCGUGGUCCUCGUGAGCGCAAAUCAUGGAAACAUCAUGUUUUGACGGAUCCCCCGAAGCCAAUCCAGUGGCGAGAUCCAAAAGUGUGGACAAAGGAUUUAACUACAAUGAAGUCUUUUGAUGCCCCUCAAUGGGAUCUGUGGCAGAGUCGGGCACGCUCUGAAGAUAUUGAUGAGGCGCUGCAGCCCUUCAUGGACAUGCCCCAGUCUCUCAAGGAUCGACGCUACGAUAUUCCGUGGUGGGCAAAUCCUUUUGGCGCAUGGUACCUGCAGAACAUUCUUUCAGUGGAAUUGCUAAAACUUCCAAGUCGAACAAACGCUGAGAAAGUAGCAAUUUAUAGAAAUCAAAAGCAUUCCUUGUCGUCAAAAAAGAAAGGGGAAGCUGCCCAGGACGACGAGAUUUUAGCCAACAUCAUCAAGGAGAGAUGGAGGACGUUGGAGUUUGGUGAUCGUGAUGCAGGGUAUCCCUGUACCUUUAGCGACUAUAUCCAAUUCCUUAAUGAAUGGUUUAAGUCUCUCGAUGAAGAGGGCAUGCAAAGAUUACGGGAGCACUUUGAUAGACGGAUUCGUCCGCUUUUGGCCGUGAUGUCGCCAGUAGAUAUACUCUGGCUGGAAGCUCUGACACAGAACUCUCCUCAUAAUAAGGAACAGUUGCAACGUAGGAUUGCGUUUCAGACAAGUUUGGGUACACCAGAGUUUUUUGAUAUGUCAAAACGACUUCGCUACGAAAUCAAUGAGGAUUACAAGGUUCGUGAUGAAUUGGGUCCUGAACUUUUUGCGCUUUGGAGCAAGGCCCCUGAACGUUGGCCGCCGGAACGUCUGUCGAAGAUGUAUGGGCUAGACUUUACGUUGGUUCGCAAAAUACUUGUGUGGCACCAUUUUAAAGCGUGUUAUGAUGCCUGUGUAGAGCCAGACUGGACCUUGCCCAAGCGUCUUUUUGCCUUGGAAUGGAUCCGAGAUGUUAGGGCACGUAAACAUGGAUUAUUUUAUGGGAAAAUGCGUUUUGCCGAACAAAAGAUUACUUUUUAUAGUGAUCGGUUCCUAUUUCGUGACUUGGUGAAUCGCCGAGAGGCAAGUUAUGCCAAUGUCUGGGAAAUGGAUGAUCCCUAUCGUUUCUUGCAGACUGAACAGGACUACGAAGACUAUUGGGGUGACAACUAUGAUGUCUAUCGCCGCAUGUUUCCUGAGAUGAUUGGAAAGAGUGGCGAACCAGUGCAGCAAUACGGACAAAUGCCAGUUUGGACGGGGCCACAUCGUCAGCAUGCCAACAAAUCUCAGCACAAUUGGAUGUUUGCUGAGAUUGGCGUGAACGUGGGCCAUGAGGCGUUGAAGAAGUUAGAGCUGGAUCCUACGAACGAAAAACGCCGACGAUUUGUCAUUCGUCAGCCAGAUGGCACUCUUCGCUCUGCAAAAAUGUCAGAAAUGCGGGCAUGGUACUGGAAGGAAGAAUGGGCGGAUUUCCGUUUUUGGGCUCCUAACAUGGAGUGGGGAAUUGAAAAUACACCCUCGCAGGAACAAUAUCAGGAGCACGUCCCGGACACUCCGGACGCGGACUUUCGCAAGCAGCGCCGCAUUCAAUCACGCCCAGUGAAAUGGUUUUACGAGAGCCAUUACACACGCACAGGAAAUUUUGCGGGAUUUCAACCUCUCCGUUUUAUGCAGCGUCGCACGGAACGUGAAGUUCGUUGGCCUGACGUGAUCAAUGCGGCAGUGCAGAUUCAGAAGCGAAAGCCGGAUGCUUACAUCUUUAAAGCUAUUCCUGAGAUUUAA